UAACAUCUGCAAAAGUUUCAGUUUCAGUUUUACAGGCAGAUAUCUAAAAUUUCUGUCGCAACUUUUCUGUUUUUGUUAGUGAUCUUUGAUAAUAUGAAUCUCGCCCCAUUGAAAUUAUCGGGAAACAGUUUAAGAUAAUUUACUGCCUUUCCCAUCAUGUCAAAUUCUAUAUUAAUAGAAAAUCUUAAUCGAAGAACUGAUGUAUCAAAACUGUGUGAAAUGUUUGGAAAAUUUGGCAGAAUUUUAUCUGCAAAUAUUGAAACAGACAGCAAUCUAUCAUCUCUUUGUAAAGGCCAUAUCACUUAUGAUACUUCUCACAGUGCACACUAUGCUGUAAAAGAAAUGAAUGGAAGGAAUAGUUCUGGUAGACCAAUUUAUGUAAAACAUGAGGAAACUUUUACCAGUCCUGCUAAUUCUACUGAAAGUUCAUAUUAUAAAAAAAUCUUUGUGAAAAAUAUUGAUUUGAGUUGGGAUGAUUAUAAUUUAAUUGGAGAAUUUGAAAGAUUUGGUGAAAUUGAAGAUGCAAAAGUUUCUCAAACUGAUGGUCAAUCAAAUGGUUAUGGUUUUGUUAAAUUUCAGGCGCAUUCUUCUGCUAAAAUGGCUGUAGACGCAAUGCACAAUAAAAUGAUAGAUGACAGAAAACUUAUUGUCCAGCCUUUUACACACAAAGAUAAAAAUAAAGCAAGUUCAGAUUCUAUUAAGAGAGUUCAAGAAAAGUUUAUUCAAGCCAACAAUUUAUUCAUAAAGAAUUUACCUAAAGAUAUGGAUGAAAAUGAGCUUAAAAAUAUCUUUAAAAAAUGUGGUGCAAUUCAGAGUGUCAGAAUUGCUACUGAUAUGGCACAAAAUAGCAAAGGAUAUGGAUUUGUUUGUUUUUAUAGUGAAGUAGCAGCAGCUAAAGCUCGAAACCAGAUUAAUGGUUUGAGUUACAAGUCUAAAACUUUGGAAGUGGAUUUUUAUCGAAAGAAAUCAGAUUACAAUCCAGCCCAUUCCAAAAUAAAAGAAAGUGAGAAAGAGACAGAUACAUUUUUUCCUUCUGAUCGGAAAACUGUGUUUUCUUUUUCAGCUAAAGGUUGAUUGUUUUUAAUUCUUCAAAAUUUUGUUCUGUGAUUUUAUUUUUAUAUAACUAAAAAUUUGUGAUUUUAUUUAGUGAGAUCUGUAUCUUGUAUUAUUUUUAUAUAAAUGUAGCAUGUUUAGUUCUUAUGUAAUUUAUGCUAGAAUAAUUUUAUAAUUUUUUAACCUUUAAUUUUAUUAUUGAUAAAGUGACUUGCACUGUAUUCUUUUUAGAAAAAUAAGUAAAAAUUUAAAAGGAAGCAGGAUCCUUAAAUAUUCCUGCAUUUAUAAAAUCUAGCAGCUUAAAGUAAUUCUGUUGAUUGAAAGUAUCGUGAUAAUUUUGUAUGUAGCCAUUUUUAAUGGAAAUAGUUAAUUAUUUUGUGCUGUAAUGCUGCUAAUAAAGCAAAAUUAUUUGUUCUAGUACUUCAAAAAAUGAAUUAUUAGUAUUUUCUUUCCAUAUAUAUAAUUUUUAUGUGAAUGAUCUAGAUCUGCAACAUAUUAUACAUUCUGAAAAAUUCGUUCUUGGGUGAUUUUGAGUAUUUUUAAAUAUGUGUGUGAUAAAUUUCUGUUCUUUAUAUGAAUUUGUAUAUGAUUUAUUUUGAUCUUUUUUAAAUGACGUAAUUAUUUUUAACUGAAUAUACCGUACAAUUUCUUUUUUCAUUUGAAUGAUUAUAAAAAAUAAAUAACUAUAAAUUUACAGAGUAAAAGAAAAAAAGAGAAGGGAAUUUUAAUUUUAUUGAAAAAGUUUUACAAAAGAGAAAAUUAUAUUGCAGAAUUUAAUUUUAAGAUAAAUAAUAAAAUCUUAAUCAAUUCAAAUAAAUAUCAUAUUACACGCAAACAAACACAUAUUUAUUGUAUUAUCUCUUUUUAUAUAUUUUUUUGUACUGUAGUGUACAAAGUGUAGAUUUUAACCAAUUUUAAAUAUUGUCACAAUAUGAAAUUGCUUUAUAACACAUGAGAAACACAAAUUGUUGAAAAUAUAGUGUAUUUAAACAUAGAGGUAAUUAAGAAUAUUCUUAGUCACAUAAAUGUAUGUUGUUUUAAUCUAAUUUCAUCAACUCAUAGUACAUAAUUGUUUGCUUUAUUCCAUCCUGCUACUGCAAUUAAAUUGAAUUACAGUAAUAAUUUUUUAAAGUAAUUUGUAUGUCUUUGUUAAUGAAACCUUUAAAAGGAAUGCAAUAAAUUUUAUUAUAAAAGUUUGUAAUAUUUCUUAUGAAGUUCUCCAUUAUGAAAAUAAUAUGAUCUGUAAAAUCUAGUAAAAAGAGGGUGAAUAAAUGAAUUGGCUCUUUGAUAUUGAUACAUUUUAUUCAUUUUGUCAAUUAAUGGCCAAUUAGGGAUUGCAAUACCGGGAUACCGAAUACCGGUAUUUUGAGCCAUUUGUACAAUUUUGUAAUACCGGUAUUCGCAAGUUUAAAUACCGGUUUUUCGGUAUUUACUAAAUAUUUUUAAAACUGUCUCCUAUAAGUUCAGGGAUCGCCAACAUAGCAAAAUAGUAUACAUUUUGUUUUUAUGUCUCCCUAACGGGUGAAAUCAAUUAGUUAAUUAAUGGCUUAAUUAAUUGCUUAAAUCUAAAUUAGCGAAACAUGGAUUAUCUCUGAAAAAAGAUAGUGUAUUCAUAACGACUGAUGAAGCAACAGUUAUGAAAAAAGUUGGAAAGUUGAUUGGUGCAAAUCAGCAAUUGUGCUAUGCACAUGGAAUUCAAUUAGGAGUAAUAGAUGUAUUUAGGGAUUGCAAUACCGGUAUGCUGGGAUACGAAUACCAGUAUUUUGAGCCAUUUGUACAAUUUUGUAAUACCGGUAUUCACAAGUUUAAAUACCGUUUUUUCGGUAUUUACUAGAAAUUUUUUAAAUUGUCUCCACUAUCUGUUCAGGGAUCGCCAACAUAGCAAAAUAGUAAACAUUUUUGUUUUUAUGUCUCCCUAACAGGCGAAAGUAAUUAGACUGUGAAUACAAAGUUGCAUCGUACAAUCAAGAGAAGUGAUAAUACUGAAUGACAAUGGAUUGUUAAAGCCUCCAAAUUUUGCGCACAACUUUGCGUUUACUUUGUCAAAAUAGGAGUGAAAGGAAAGAUGAAAGGAGAUGUUUAGGAGGAGAUUCUAAACACGUUGGAGCAGUUUACUUCUAAUGAUGGAAUGAUUUUUGAAACUGAGAUAUUCAAUCCAAAAAGCAAUAAUCGACUUAAACCAGCAAAUUAAUUUUUCGGAUAGUGAAUUCGACUUAAUAUCCAGAACAGGUUGUUAUAACUUAAUAUAAAAACUGGCUGUUGAGGCAUUAUGUCGGAGAGAUUCUAAUUUAUUAACAGCGAAUGCAACAAUAAAUUUCAUGUUACAGUUACUGAAAGAACAGCACACAUCACUAUCUGAAGAAUUAUAUAUUACAUUGAAAAAUCGCACAGAAGAAAGGCAUACAGAAAUAGAAAAUGUCUUACGGUAUUUACAUAAUUAUAAUUAUUUUAAAAAUGAAAAAGAAGAAACGAGACUAACCAAUUCAAUUCUGAUCAAGUUUAUAGUAAAUUUUCUUAAAAUUUUUUUUACCCACAAACCUAUCCACAUUCAGAAGAAUUCGGUACAGUUAUCGGAGAUUAUCAUGGCACAAAUGUCGAUAGUGAAAAGGAUUUGUCCCUUGAACAAAAAUUAGAAUUAGCGAUAAAUAAAAAAAUAUUCAACAAACCAAAAUACAAUACAGAAAUCAGCUAUAUUCAAAACCAUCCGACGAGUAAUCGAUUUAUUUGAAGAUGAGGUAUUUAGAAGUAAAUAUUUGGAAAAAGUAUAUCACAAAUUGCUAACAGUACCACCGACUAUCGUAGAUGCCGAAAGAGCAUUUUCGACAGCUGAUAAUUUUUGCCAAAAUUACAUUCCAGGCUUAAUGACAGUACAAUUGAUGCAUUAUGUUUUUAAGAUCACAUUUCAAAAAUUUGUAAUAAUACCAGAGACUGAAUAGUGAUGUUAACACUUUUUUGUUUAUCUAAACAUUAUUAUUGCCAGGUUCUCUGCUGAACACUCUAUACACUUUCAGUGGGUCCCCUCACAUGUUGGUUUAAAUUCUAAUGAGAUAGCGGAUAAUUUAGCUAAGACUGCCUAAGCAGACAUAUUUCAUGGUGAUGCAACACUAACUUAUUCUGAAAUCUCCUCUAUCAAAAAGAUGGAGUCGAGUGUACUUUGGAGAGUCCCACCUGCUCACCCUUGGUACUUUGGUAAAAGUCCCGAUUGGUGUCACCAUCUGAAUAUCUCUAGAAAACAGCAAAUGGCUGUCUCUCGUUUUUCAAGUGGACACACCAAAUCCCUCAUCUUCCAACACGGACGGAGGGUCUUUUCUGAAUGUCCUUGGUGCAAGGCAGAUCAAGCCUCCCCCAAUCAUAUUCUUAAAUGUUUAAAUUUUACGAUUUUUGAGAUUUUAAGGGAUCCUCUAUUGUUUUUGGACUUUUUAGAGAUCUUUGGUUUCAUGGAGGUGGUAUAGUGCAGCUAUACCACUUUGGAUCAGAAACAACAACAGUACUUUUUUGUGAUUGAAAUAAAGAUGUCCCUUUACUUUUUUGUGAUUCUUUAUAAACCGUUAUAAUUUAUA